CUCAAACGUGGUGGCGGGUGGGGGACGGCGCGCCAAAUUUCGUCGGCGAUGGGCUGGUUGUGGACUCAAGUAGGCUGGGCUUCUGACGUAUGGGCUGGCGAGAGAAAUGGAUUCCCGAGGCCUUAUGGUUUACGCUUUCCUUUCCCCCCGCCAGGCCAGCGGUAGUUUAUAGCCGGCCCUUCGGUUUAUUGACCCGGAAAACGACCCGGACGAAGUACCUGGCUGCCGAGUGCCGCCGCCGAACGUCUCUUUCUUUCCUCUUCUUGGCUGCGGCCCAGGAAAACUCAGCUCAAAACCGGCCGUCUGCUGCUCUCUGAAAGACAGUCUAGGCGAAGUGGAAUUAAAAGGGAAUGGCGGCUUCUCUGCGAAUCAAUUGCAAGCCAGUGAGCACAGCGUUUCGGGUUAACCCUGCUUCCAAAUGCUCCCGGCGACCGUUCAGUGUAAGCUGCGCGGCGGCGAAUGGGCCACAGAAACGGUAUUCGAUUACUCUCCUUCCUGGAGAUGGCAUUGGCCCCGAAGUCAUCUCUGUGGCCAAGGACGUCCUCAAGCUCACUGGUUCUCUGGAAGGGAUUGAGUUUAACUUCCAAGAGAUGCCUAUGGGUGGAUCAGCAUUGGACUUGGUGGGAGUUCCAUUACCGGACGAAACCUUAGCAGCCGCUAAAAAUUCUGAUGCAGUUCUUCUUGGAGCAAUUGGCGGGUACAAAUGGGACAAUAAUGCCAAACAUUUGAAGCCCGAGACUGGAUUGCUCCAGAUUAGAGAAGGUCUCAAGGUCUUUGCAAAUUUGAGGCCAGCUACUGUCCUGCCUCAGUUAGUGGAGGCUUCAACUUUGAAGAGAGAAGUUGCUGAAGGUGUUGAUGUUAUGGUUGUAAGGGAGCUUACUGGAGGUAUUUACUUUGGCAAGCCAAGGGGAUUUAGAACAGAUGAAAACGGCGAGGAAGUCGGUUUCAAUACCGAGGUCUAUGCAGCAUAUGAGAUUGAUCGGAUUGCUCGUGUUGCAUUUGAGACUGCAAGGAAGCGGCAGGGAAGGCUUUGUUCUGUCGAUAAAGCAAACGUCUUAGAGGCAUCAAUGCUGUGGAGAAGGCGAGUAACUGCCAUUGCAGAAGAGUAUCCCGACGUUGAACUCUCGCAUAUGUACGUCGACAAUGCAGCAAUGCAGCUUGUACGGAACCCGAAACAGUUUGAUACAAUAGUGACGAACAAUAUCUUCGGUGAUAUACUUUCCGAUGAGGCCUCGAUGAUCACUGGUAGCAUAGGGAUGCUUCCAUCAGCUAGCCUUGGAUCUUCGGUACUUACAAAAUCUCGCGGUCCUGGACUUUUCGAGCCAAUUCAUGGUUCUGCUCCCGACAUUGCUGGACAGGAUAAAGCAAAUCCACUGGCGACUAUUCUCAGUGCUGCAAUGCUUUUGAAGUAUGGCUUAGAGGAAGAAGAUGCUGCAAGGAGGAUCGAGAAUGCUGUACUUGAUACACUAAACAAGGGGCUCAGGACGGGAGAUAUAUAUUCAACCGGCACUAAACUGGUUGGCUGCAAGGAAAUGGGGGAGGCAGUGUUGAGAUCAGUUGACUCUCAGGUUCAUGCUGCUGUUUGAUCUGGAUAAAGUAGUUGUUUGUAUGAAGUAUGAACUGGAAAAUACAGUUCUGAGUUUGUAUUGUUUCCGUCUUCUUUGUUGUUACUUGGUGCUUACUGAGGGAAUUGCAUUGGUCUUCUCUUUCUAUCUCUCCUUGGCCCUUGCUAUUUGAUCAACAGAUUUUUUUUUUUGGGUAGAAAUCAACAGAAUAUUUUGUGUUUGGUUUAGAUGUAUCUGCUUAUUUUUGGAAGUAAUCAGCAGAACAUUUCUCUUCCUUGUGGAUAUGGGACACUUAGAAGUUAGAACUAUCCAGUCUGUUUGAAUGACAAUGCGAAACAUGAGAGCAAGACUCGAGUGCUGGUGAUCCAGCUCGUUGAGCGGACAACAGCCACCGCUGAAUCUAGCUGUAGUGACUAGUGGUACAUGUAUG